AUGGCAUCUCUGCGAGGGAUUGGUGGCCGGUUCCUUGCGGAGCAAGUACGAGCCACACUGACCACAUGUGACAAGAAUCCGACAGUCUGUAAGAGCAAGGGCAGCGCAGGGCCUAACUGCUGCAGCAAAAAUUGCGUCAAUGUAACGACGGAUACAAACAAUUGCGGGCGAUGUGGAGUGAAGUGUAAGUACUCGGAACUCUGCUGCAACGGUGUUUGUGUGAAUCCGUCUGUCAAUGGCAAACAUUGUGGCAAGUGCGGCAACAAGUGUGGAAAAGGAAGCUCAUGCUUGUAUGGCCUGUGCAGCUAUGCUAAUUAG